AUGAGUUUUCACAGGAAAAGACAGUUCGACAAUGAGUACAACGAGGACUUUAGAAAGAGGUCCCGUCCAUCUUCCAGAAUGGGGGAUUUCAAGGCCCUCUGUAACGAUAUAAACACCCUCGGUGAGACCCCGAAGAAGUACUCCGAGGACGUUGAGUUUAUGACUACGCCGAUUGUGAAGAAUUUCGAAAGUGACGACUUUCGUAAGGCGGUGCUACAGACUUUGUUUGGUGUUGUUACGGAACAACCACAGAAGAUGCUACACAUUGCUGGUCUUGUACAAUCCGUGUACGUCCAGAGUGCAUCUGUUGGUAGGAUGAUUGUGGAGUUCUUCCACCAGGAGGCACAGGUUAUCCUUGAAAAGGCUGUUUCGAAAAGCAUCAAGCCUAGCUCUUCUGAUACGGGUCCAUGGAACAACGUUAAACUCAUUCUCCGUUUCUGGUCAUGUUUGGCAUUCAUCUUGGAUACUCAGAGUGUCUCGAACGUAUUCACUCAGCUUCUGAAGCUCUCUAUUGGAUUGCAGGAUGCCUCCCCGGAUUCGAGAUGCCCACUUGCGGAAGCUAUCUACUAUAACACAUUGAUUUCAGUUCCAUACUUCCAUCCAUUCAUUACAGACAAGACUGAAUAUGGGACGGUUGUCAAUGGGCUUAUCGAGACGGCUAAGGGGUUCAAACCUGUCCCCUCAAAUGUCACCAUUACGAAGCCAUUCUCCGAGCAGAGUACAGAGCAACCGUUCGAACCCAAGGAGGUUGUUGCUUUGGUGUUGGAGUCCUUAAACUCGUUUGUAUCCAAUGACGUUCGUUUGUUCUUGGAUAUUAGAACACAACUCGGUACUUUACUCACACCAACUGAUAAGAUGGAGUUGCCACCUUUGAAACUUCCAACUAUUGAAGAGUUAAAGGAGAUAUCCGGGUUGGACAGUGGCUUGGGAAGCGUUGAUGGAAUGUGGAGAACUCCAAGAUUUACCAUGGAAGUUUACCCACCAAUUGGAGAUUUGCAAACCACACCACCUUCUGAUUCCUUUGUUGGAUUGAUCUUGAGGGACAUUGUCACAGAUAUCAUUGAAGCCCUGGAGUUCAACAGAAAGGAGGUUGCCAGACAGAUUAUCACAUUGGAUUUGUUCUUCAAUGAUAAUAUAUUUGCACCACCAGGCUCAAGUAUCGAUUCUUUGAAGAAAUUGCAAGAGAACAAUAUCGAGAACGGAACUUCUUUCUCUACGUGGAAAAUCGAGGAUAUUGCCAUUGAAACCCUUCUUGGUUUAAUGUUUAAACUUCCAACGGCUUCACAGCCAUCUGUUUAUUUUUACACCACUUUGGUUGAAGCUUGUUCCAAUGCUCCUCAAGCCAUUGCACAAGUUAUUGGAAGAGCCAUUAGAUUCUUUUACCGUAACGUUUACCAUUUAGAUUUUGAGCUUACUCUUAGAUACCUCGAUUGGCUAUCCAUUCAGUUGAGUAACUUCAAUUUCACUUGGAAAUGGAACGAAUGGGAAAAUGAUGGUGUUAGAUUCGCAGAUUCCAAGUAUAAUCCAAGGGUGGUUUUCAUCAGAAAUCUGGUUGCUAAAGAGUUGAGACUUGGUAGUUAUGAGAGAAUCAGCCAGACAUUAACUCCUCAACUUCAGAGGUAUUUGGAUCUUUCUCUUUUCAACGCAUCUGAAUUGAGAUCAUUCUAUGGUAGGGUCACCGAUAAGGAUGAUUUAGCUGAAGAUGCUAUGAAUGUUUUGUACGUCUGUGACAAACUUCCUCUAAAGCCAUAUGUCGAAAAGUUAAUUGAAGUCAUCCAUACAAACCAACAGCCACAAAAUUUGCAACAGGCCAUUGAAGAGUUGAAAACUGUUACCGAACCUUUCACCAAUGGUGAAGAAUUGCUCAUCACCAUUGUUUUCCAAGCUAUUGCGUUUGUUGGAAGUAAAUCUACCUCACACGUUGCCAAAUGUAUUGAUUCGACUCGUGAUCAAUUGAAGAACCUUUUAAGUCCAUCAUCUGAUGAAAUGGAUGAUGAGCAGAAGGCCUUAGAAAAACAAGUAUGGGCUGUUGGAGCUGUUCUAUCUUAUUGGAAUCAGGAUCCUCAUUGUGGUUAUCUAGCUGUUGAUGUUCUGGAAAACUUUGGAGUGGUUUCACCUUUGGCUGUUCUCAAACACUCUUUGGACGACUCCCGUGACGUUAACAUUGGGCUUGUUAACGUUGCCACCAUUGAAUCGAUCUUUAGAAGCUUAACACGUGUUGUUUUCUCCGGUUCAAGUACCAAAGAGUUAAUCUAUGUAUUUGAAACAUUAUUGAAGACUAUUUCAAAAACAUGUCAGGUGUUGACACAGUCCGAAGCCAUUCCAAUUCCUGACGUUGAAGCAGAUGUAACAGAAGAGGUGGAACUUUCCUGGAAGUACCACACAACUCUUGGGUUUGUUAGAGCCGUGUUGAGAAAAUUUUCAGAUGAGUACACUUCUGUCUCUAAUCUUGUCGAUGUAUUGGAGAAAGAGGUUUCACAUGAGGAUACGAAGAGGGUCAUAAGGCUCUGGAUUGAAAACCUUUCAGGCCUAUGA